UUGAAUUUAGAAGCAAGCCUUCACUAAUUACUGUGAUUUGCAUGGACCCUCACUCGCCCAACAAAUUAUUUGCGACAAAAUACUGUUUUCUCAUACUCAGAGAUGAUACGAGUUUCUUUUUCUUUCUUUCUUUAUUUUUCGUUUUUUUUUGUUAUUUUACGUUAUUAUUAACUUUUAAAAAAAAAUUAUUAUUAUUAUUAUUAUUAUUAUUAUUAUUAUUAUUAUUAUUAUUUCAUGAAAAUUAUUUUUAUUUUUUUCCGGGAUGUUCCGGGAUUUUCCGGAAUGUUCUGGCAUGUUCCGGAAUGUUCCCCGUUCCGGGUUAUAUCGACGCCCGACGUCCUCGGUUGAGCAGGUGUAAGAAAUACGAGCUCCCCUAAAAACGCCUGCGUGGGAGGCUACACUUAGUUCUCGUGACUACAUUGUGAAGCCCUCUGGUAGUUUGGUCAGUUUUCUUCAGGGCAAGCUAGGUUCUAGUUUGGUGAGUUUUGACUAAAGCGUUUUACUCGUUUUAGACCGUUUUAUGUCUUGUUGUUGUUGUCUUUUCAGUGGAAUGAAAGAUGUCUUACUCAGUGAACUUUGAUAUUCAUAUCAAUAGUAGCUUAUAGUAGCUCACCAUCUAAUUUACAUUCGAUUUUGAUCGUCAAUUUGUAGUUGCUCAGCCGUAUUUGUAUGCCCCUAGGUCUUAAAACUACGUGCACCAUCUUCCGCAUCCGUGUCAUGUAAUUAAGCUAAUGUUUACUUGAGUCGUGUAAAGACGCGUUCAUACUCCUUCUCUGUGCGUUCAUCACUUCAUGGUUAACUGCGCAGGGGUGGUUGUUGUUGUUGUUAUGUUAAAGAAUAACGCUUCUGCAUAUCGCUUUAACUCGCUUUUCACCAUCUGAGAGGGGCACCCAGCGACUUUUUUCUGCAAAAUAACUGUUCGAAGAAGCAAACAUUGCCUUGAAAUUUGUAAAGCUUGAGAAAAGCUAAAAAUUUUUGGAUAACCAUUCCAUUCGUCUAAAAUAUUCGGAGGUUUUCUAAUAGCUUAAGGCUAUGAUUUUCGGAGUGUGUUAUUCACAUUUCAAGGCAUCCGAACAGAUAACUAGGGCGACUCCAAAUUAACCAAGCAGGCUUCUAAAGCAUAGGGAAAACCAUCCGAGAUACUUCCUGGCGUAUUUGAAAACAUUCGGUCGUUGGGUGCCCCUGAUCUGAACGGAUAGAACAGGCUUUGUAUUGCCACGCAAACAGUGCAUCUUUUCUAAAAUUAUUUUAUAUUUAUGAUAAUUAAUUCGUUUUUAUUGAUUUUUUAAUGAAAGUUUAAGGCUCACAAAGAUACUUUACAACCGUUGUUACAGUGAUAUGGGCAUCCCCGCGUUUUGGGCAUCCCUAUUCCAAAACCUUAGUGAUAUGGGCACCCCCUUGUCAUAUUUCUUCAGCGAUUUGGGUUAGUGUUAGGGUUACAGGGGAUGCCCAUAUCACUAGGGUUUUGGGGAUGGGGAUGCUUAUAUCACGGUGACUGUGACUCCGUCAUGCCCAAUUUUGUUCCAAACUACUGGGACGAGCGGAGACAUGGAACUUACUAUGGCUCAAGGAGCCAAUCACAAACUUUGCUAUUUCAUUGGUGGAGGAAGUUGCUGCUGGUUAUUCUGCUUAUUCGAGUCUCAUUUAUGUUUGUAGCAUUUGCUCUUCAUUUAUUUCUGAUUCCUGUUAACUCGCAGUUUACCACUAUGACAAGCACAAUCCCAAAGAAGCAUGUUUUCCUGUGGACAGCUUUUAGAUCCUGUUCAUCUGCGUUUGAGCGUUCGAUUUUGACUUUACCCCGCAUGCGGUUGAUGUCAGAACCGUUUUCUGCUUCGUUUUACUUUGGACCUCAGAGACAAAGCUGUCGCUAUGAAUCAAAAGAGGCUGAUUCCAAAGCGAGUUACGAAAACGUUGCCAGGGAAAUUCUGAAUCAAGCUAAUGACGAUAACAUUGAUUUGCUUUUUGUCAAGGAUAUGGCUUGUUACAUGAAAGGAAGAUUGGGUUUUAAAGGAAUAUUUUCAAGACGCGAAACAUUCUUUUCUUAUUCGAAAUCCAAAGAAGUCGAUUCCUUCCCAGUAUCGCGCUGAGUGAAAAUCCAGAAAUCAAGAUUCCAGCUGUUUUGAUUUAUUGCAAUAAAGCCUUAAGUAAGGAUGAAAAUGUAUUAAUUAAAAAAAAAAUCAUGAGUCAUGGAUAGCUAGCGUAAAUUUAUAGUGAUAACCCAGUCUUCUAAAGUAAUAAUUUUUAGCGAAAAAUCCACUUAACUUGCCCUCCGGGCCGAAAAAUAUUAUAUUGAGUUGUCGAUACCUUAAUUAACCAGCUGGAGAAGUAAAACAAAAUUGCUGAGUUAGUAAAAUGAACUGAAUUUAUGAUUAAUCGGACAGCACAUUUUCUGUUUUGCAAACUAUUUUGACGAGACACAAAUAUAAACUCGCUUUACAAAAAACAUUAUUUCUUAGAAAAAGUGGAAGACAGAGCCGACACAUUCCGUCUCCCGAACCGUCGCAGGUCGCGAUGCAUGCAUGACUCAGGGCUUUCCAAAUAAACACGAAACUCUAUCUCUGCAGUUUUGCAACAGAGCCACUUGCCUGGUGAUUUUAAAAGGCUAGAUUAAAAAGAAGAAACUUCCGAAAUUAGACAGACUUUCUUGUACUUCAGAGGAAAAUGAUUUUUCCUGGGUGCUAUACUGUGUAUGUGGUCCAAAACAGAUUCCUACUCACACCGAUAGUUGAUUUGCAAAUUGUGCAGAAGUAAAAUUCAGUUCAAGCCAUCGACAAAAAACAAGAAAGAACGUAUUUGUUAUCAAUAAUUACACUCACCAAGGUAUUACACGCAAGACACUGUUGAAGUACCAUUUUUGAGCCGUUCAUCUAUUAUUUUCCAAACCUUAACAACAACGCAAAGGGCUGAAAUAGAUCCGUUUGUUUUGAUUACAUGAAAAUGAAUAAUGCAACGAAGUCCGUAUUUAAAAGGCUCAGUUUUCGACGUCACAAUGCGACGAGAAUCACUUUCAUUGCAGCCUGACUAACUCACGUUGUAGACAGAUCUCUAUUUCUGAAAGUUAUAAGUCACCCUUUUUCGGGGUGAGUUAAUAUAACAUAAAGCCUGAUAAGGACAUCAUAUGAGAUGGUGGGUCAUAGAGCUUUAAAACCCAUAUAAGGUAUUACCAAUGGGUCAGAACUCCUCGAGUAUGUAAUACACGACAGCUUUUAUUUCACCUUCAUUUUGCAGGGCUGAACCGGCUCUCAACAAACCACCAUAUACGGUUUACACCAAGUGAAGGGCUGCCUUUCGCUUUUAAUGAACAUUUAAGUUAUUUAUGGUGGCCGGUCGUACUAGAUGAUUUUACAUUUCAAGUAAGUAAGCUCAAAUAACUGCAGUUAGUCAAAUUUAGUUCUGAUAUUGAUUUAAUACGCGGUCACAAAUACAGCUACUGAGCGCAGAUGCAUAUGGAAAGCGCAAAAUAUAAACGAGAAAGCACUAUCUAGUGACAAGCGUUUUUAGAAAGGCCUACAACUCUGCUUAAUACGGGUUUUACUACAACUGAGGUACUUUAUUCUCUGUUCAGUUUAAAAGAGGCAUGCUUCACUGGUGUCUUUGUAGGUUGCGUGACGACACAAAGAGUCUGCCGCAGAAUGUCGUGGGUCGUCAUGAGUAGUGGGUAGAGCGUGGGUCGUUGGUGUAGGUGUGGGUCGUGGGCAAAAAAAAUCGUUUUCCAAUAAAAAAUUAAAUUAAAAAAUUAAAUAGCAAAAAGUUCUUAAAAAUUUUGCAGACUAGGCUCUGUGAACUUAAGAAGAGCUUAGGAGCUCCUGUCUUUGGAUUUUAGCUGACGAUACUCACAUUCGUAGUAGUUUCUAUACUGUUUACAGUCAGCCUGAUAUUUCAGACGAAUCCGAUCCCCUCUUUUUUCUCGCCUGGUUGAGGAUGGCGAUCGCCGUUGUCACAGUGAUCAUGAAUUUGGGCAUCCCCUGUGAGCUGGAUCGCUGUCCCCCCCUAUAUUUCGAGCCCAAGCCUCACGUGAAGGUUUGCUUAUGCGUCUUGUUAUUUUUGUAAACACUAUUUUUCAUCUACAUUUUACUGAUUAUUACAAAGCAACAAACGCGUUAGCAAAGCAUUUAUACGCGAAUUACCACCAACUUCGCUCUCACCAGUUUUGUCGUCAGAGGAUACCCAAAUCGCUUUGAGAGCGGCGAUCGCCAUCUUCAGCUUGGCGGAAGAAAAUAGGGGCUGUGAUCUAGCUUGAAUUUCAGCCAUGUUCUCGAGUCGCAAACUUCACUUGCGACUCGGGAGACGGCUAACUUGAUUCAGGGCAAUUGAUAACAGUUAGAAGCUACUGCGGCACUACCACUGCCACUGCAACUAUUCACGGCGAAUGUGAAUCUCAGUAUCCAAUAAAGUCCAAAGCGACGAGCCCCUAAGCUCUUCUUACGGUCGCAAAGCCGUUAAUGGAUAACCGUUAAACCGCAUGGCAAACAAUUACAAGAGGUGGCUGUGUGAGGAAAGCUUGAAAACCUCCUCCUCGCGACCCAUUUUAGAAGCAAGCCUUCACUAAUUACUGUGAUUUGCAUAGACCCUCACUCGCCCAACAAAUUAUUUGCGACAAAAUAUUGUUUUCUCGUACUCGGAGAUGAUACAAGUUUCUUUUUCUUUCUUUAUUUAUUUUUCGUUUUUUUUUUGUUAUUUUACGUUAUCAUUAACUUUUAAAAAAAUUUUAUCGUUAUUAUUAUUAUUAUUAUUUCAUGAAAAUUUUUUUUUUUCCGGGAUGUUCCGGGAUUUUCCGGAAUUUUCUGGCAUAUUCCGGAAUGUUCCCCGUUCAGGGGUUUUAUCGACGCCCGACAUCCUCGGUUGACAGGUGUAAAAACGCCUGCGUGGGAGGCUACACUUACUUCUCGUGACUACAUUGUGAAGCCCUCUGGUAGUUUGGUCAGUUUUCUUAUCUUCAGGGCAAGCUAGGUUCUAGUUUGGUGAGUUUUGACUAAAGCGUUUUACUCGUUUUAUAUGUCUUAUUGUUGUGAAUUCAGUGGAGUGAAAGAUGUCUUACUCAGUGAACUUUGAUAUUCAUAUCAAUAGUAGCUUAUAAUAGCUCACCAUCUAAUGACGAUUAGCAAAUUUACAUUCGAUUUUGAUCGUCAAUUUGUAGUUGCUCAGCCGUAUUUGUAUGCCCCUAAGUCUUCUUGUUAAAACUACGUGAACCAUCUUCCGCAUCCGUGUCAUGUAAUUAAGCUAACGUUUACUUGAGUAGUGUAAAGACGCGUUCAUACUCCUUCUCUGUGCGUUCAUCAUUUCAUGGUUAACUGCGCAGGAGUGGUUGUUGAUUGUUAUGUUAAAGCAUAACUCUUCUGCAUAUCGCUUUAACUCGCUUUUCACCAUCUGACAGGGGCACACAGCGACUUUUUUCUGUGAAAUAACUGUUCGAAGAAGCAAACAUUGCCUAGAAAUUUCUAAAGCUAAAAAUUUGUGGAUAACCAUUCAAUUCGUCUAAAAUAUUCGGAGGUUUUCUAAUAGCUUAAGGCUAUGGUUUUCGGUGUGUGUUAUUCACAUUUCAAGGCAUCCGAACAGAUAACUAGGGCGACUCCAAAUUAACCAAGCAGGCUUCUAAAGCAUAGGGAAAACCAUCCGAGAUACUUCCUGGCGUAUUUGGAAACAUUCGGUCGUUGGGUGCCCCUGAUCUGAACGGAUAGAACAGGCUUUGUAUUGCCACGCAAACAGUGCAUCUUUUCUAUUUUAAAUUAUUAUAUAUUUAUGAUAAUUAAUUCGUUUUGGGGGAUGGCGAUACUUAUAUCACGGUGACUGUGACUCCGUCAUACCCAAUUUUGUUCCAAACUACUGGGACGAGCGGGGGCAUGGAAAUUACUAUGGCUCAAGGAGCCAAUCACAAACUUUGCUAUUUCAUUCGUGGAGGAAGUUGCUGCUGGUUAUUCUACUUACUCGAGUCUAUUUAUGUUUGUAGCAUUUGCUCUUCAUUUAUUUUUGAUUCCUGUUAACUCGCAGUUUACCACUAUGACAAGCACAAUCCCAAAGAAGCAUGUUUUCCUGUGGACAGCUUUUAGAUCCUGUUCAUCUGCGUUUGAGCGUUCGAUUUUGACUUUACCCCGCAUGCAGUUGAUGUCAGAACCGUUUUCUGCUUCGUUUUACUUUGGACCUCAGAGACAAAGCUGUCGCUAUGAAUCAAAAGAGGCUGAUUCCAAAGCGAGUUACGAAAACGUUGCCAGGGAAAUUCUGAAUCAAGCUAAUGACGAUAACAUUGAUUUGCUUUUUGUCAAGGAUAUGGCUUGUUACAUGAAAGGAAGAUUGGGUUUUUUAAAGGAAUUUUUUCAAGACGCGAAACAUUCUUUUCUUAUUCGAAAUCCAAAGAAGUCGAUUCCUUCCCAGUAUCGCGCUAGUGAAAAUCCAGAAAUCCAAGAUUCCGGUUGGAAUUACUUUGACCCACAAGAAGCUGGAUUUCAGGAACUUUUCGAAAUGUAUUCGUUUGUCAAAGAUAACCUUGAUGCCAAUCCAGUUGUUAUAGAUGCCGAUGACCUUCUCGAAUCACCGAAGCAGAUCAUGAAGGAGUAUUGUGAUCGAGUUGGUAUCAAAUAUGAAGAGCAUAUGACUACAUGGAAACCUGGCGAAAUAAUCCAAGCCUGGCAAGAUGUUUGGGUAGCAUGGCGAAGAGGGGCUUUAAACAGCAGCGGUUUCAUCAAAUCUGACACUUCCUCAAGUAAACCAGAAAUAGAGUAUCCAUCUGAUGUUGUCAAAGCUAUGGAAGAUAGCCAGGCAUUUUAUGAUAAAAUGUUUUCUGUUCGACUUAGGUUAGCAUAA